GGCCUCUUCACCUCGUCACGAGAAGCAAAGCACCAUAGACAUGGCCGGACUGAUGCAGCAGCAGCAGCUCCAGCAACAGCAGCACCAGGCUGCGCUUGCAGCGGCGAGCCAGCAGCAAGCCGCCUACUACGGGCAGGAGGUGGACGACGACGAGUUCAUCGGGGAUGAUGGCGAUGUCGAUCUCGGCAUCCCCGACGACUACGGCGCUGAUGGCGCAUUCAUUGACGAGAGUGAUGAAAUCGAAGCUGACAGAGAAGACGCUGAUGCAGCAAUGGCAGAGGCUCAGAUGCAGCAGCAGCUCGCGGCCGCGCAGGCUGCGCAACAGGCAGCCGCACAAGCCCUCGCACAAGUCCCUGACGCGGUCCGCAAGUACAUCAUCCUCUUCCACCAGGCCGUGUCCAACGGCAAUGUGGCCGAAAUCACGUCCGCAUACGAAGCCAGCUGGAACAGGCUCACGGACAAGUUCUACCAGAGGAGCGAGUGGCCGGAUGCCGAGACGAUUGCUCCCCUCGUGGGCGACGACCAGAAGUUCCUCACCCUCUACCGAGAGUUGUGGUACCGCCACGUCUACUCGCGCCUCUCUCCCGACGGCGAGGACCGGUUCCACAGCUACGACAACUACUGCGACUUUUUCAACUUUGUGCUCAACAGCGAGGGCCCCGUUGCUCUCGAGCUGCCCUCGCAGUGGCUCUGGGACAUUGUCGACGAGUUCAUCUACCAGUUCCAGUCGUACUCGCAGUGGCGCAACCGAGCGUCGGACAAGACCGAGGACGAGCUGGUGCUCCUCCAGGACGGCGGCGUGUGGAGCAGCUACUCGGUCCUCAACGUCCUCUACUCGCUGAUCCAGAAGAGCAAGAUCAUCGAGCAGCUCCAGGCCGUCCAGGAGGGUAACGAUCCCGACGAGGUGGCGGGUGACUUUGGCGACCGGCCGCUGUACAAGCAGCUCGGCUACUUCUCCAUCAUUGGUCUCCUCCGCGUGCACGUCCUCCUUGGCGACUACACACUGGCGCUCAAGAUGCUUGACCACGUCGACCUGCACAAGAAGUCGCAGGUGGCGAAUCCCUCGCCCGGUGCGGCCAGCAUGCCGUCGAUCAACAAAGUGACGGCGUGCCACGUCACCUGCUACUACUAUGUCGGCUUCGCCUACCUGAUGCUGCGGCGGUAUCCCGAUGCGAUCCGGUGUCUCUCCCACAUUCUCGUCUUCAUCAUGCGGCUCCGGCAGUACCACACGAGGAGCUGGCAGUACGACCAGAUCAGCAAGAUGGGCGACCGCAUGUACGCCCUCCUUGCCAUUGCAUGCGCUCUCUGCCCCACGAGGCUCGACGAGAACGUGCAGACGGCGAUGCGGGAAAAGUACGGGGAGCAGUACGCGAAGAUGAGCAAGGGUCAGGAGGGUCUCGCUGCGUUCGAGGAGCUGUUCCUCUACGCCUGCCCCAAGUUUAUCACUGGCAACGGACCGCCGUACCACGACGGGGAGGCCCUCCAGGUCUACAUCCAGUCGCCCAUGGGCGACCCGGCCAAGCACCAGCUCCGUGUCUUCCUCUCAGACGUUCGCACCCAGCUGUCCAACGCCAACAUCCGAUCGUUCCUGCGACUCUACACGACGCUGGGCACCGACAAGCUGGCGUCGUUCCUCGAGGUGGACGAGGACGACCUGAUCGAGGAGCUCAUGGUGGCCAAGGCCAGCAGCCGGAGCAUCAAGUGGAACGAGGGCGGCCUGCUUGAGGGCGAGGUGGUGACGACGAGUGACCUCGACUUUGUCAUCGACGACAGCAUGGUGCACAUUGCCGAGAGCCGUGUCGGACGCAAGUUUGGCGAGUGGUUCAUGCGACAAGGCAUCCGAAUGAACCAGACGCUGCAGCACAUCAAGAACAAGCCCCUGCCCAUCACUGACGAAAAGGCAGUGGCACAGGCGCAAGCUGCUGCCGCCGCUGCUGCUGCGGCCAAUGCGACCGCGGCCGUGAACGGUGCACAGGAUGGUCAGGGAGGCAAGCCGCGCGGCGGACAAAGAGGACAGCAGCAGCAGCAGCAGCAGCAGCAGCCGCAGCCGCAGCCGCAACAGCCACAGCAGCCACAACAACAGCAGACGGCGCCGUCAGCAGCCCCGGCGACGGUGCAGCGACCCGUUGUUCCCUCUGCAUGA